CAGAUAUGAAUGACUGUAAUAAAUGCCCAGACAAAGACUAUCCAAGCAGAAACCGUGACGCAUGUCUACCCAAGGAUAUAAGCUUCUUGUCUUAUGAAGAACCUUUGGGCAUCAGUUUAGCCUGUUUCUCUCUUUCCCUUUCCUUGAUCACAACUUUGGUACUAGGUACGUUUAUAAAACACCACGACACACCCAUGGUCAUUGCAAACAACCGAAACCUCACUUACACUCUCCUCAUCUCUCUUCUGCUCUGCUUCCUUUGUGCAUUGCUCUUCAUUGGCCGACCUGAGAAGGUCACAUGUCUCCUCCGGCAACCAGCUUUUGGUAUCAUCUUCUCAACUGCUGUUUCUUGUGUCCUGGCAAAAACCUUCACGGUGGUUUUGGCCUUCAUGGCUACAAAACCAGAAUCCAGGAUGAGGAAAUGGGUGGGCAAAGGACUAGGCCACUCCAUUCUCCUUUCCUGUUCCAUUGUUCAAGCAGGGAUAUGUACUGUGUGGCUGGCAACCUCUCCCCCAUACCCAGAUGUGGACAUGAACUCAAUCACAGAAGAAAUCAUACUAGAAUGUAAUGAGGGGUCUGUGGCCAUGUUUUACUGUGUCCUUAUCUACAUGAGCUGCCUGGCCACUGUAAGCUUUGCUGUGGCUUUCCUUGCCAGGAAGUUACCGGACAGUUUCAACGAAGCCAAGUUUAUCACUUUCAGCAUGUUGGUCUUCUGCAGUGUUUGGCUGUCCUUUAUUCCCUCCUACCUGAGCACCAAGGGAAAAUACAUGGUAGCUGUGGAGAUCUUCUCCAUCUUAGCCUCUGGUGGUGGGUUGCUGGGUUGCAUCUUUUCCCCCAAAUGCUAUAUAAUUAUUCUGAGGCCUGAGCUGAACAAUAGAGAACAGCUAAUAAAGAAGAAAAUUUAA